AACGGCGACAACGGUGUGUGUGUGUAGCAACGUUGGUGUGUAGCAUGUGUAGUUCGUUUUGUUUUUUUGUGGUGGUGGUUAUGAUGGUGGCCGUGUUGUUCUCGUAAAUAUUGCGCAGUUAACGGCUAAAUUAUUCCCACAUUCUCACCAAAAAAUAUUACGAACAUGUCAGAAAAGCCGUCAUGUUCGUCGUCGGCGAGCAAACGAUCGGAGCAACUGGAACGCUUGAGAAACCUUCACAUGCGUCGGAACGAGGCGAGAACUCUAAAUUACCAAGAGGUGGUCGAAGAGGACAGAAAAACGAAGCUGCCGGCGAAUUGGGAGAACAAACAGAAAUGGGCGCAAUACAAGUUGGACGAGGAGAAAAAUUACGAGGAUGCUUCAAAGCGAGGGGAAGACUACGCGCGUCUUAAGCUGCUGAACGUGAGUGCGGAUGAGGCGGAACGGCUCGAUCGGAAAAAGAAGCGCAAGAACCCAGACUUCGGAUUUUCAGAUUACGAAGCAGCCACUGUGAGGCAGUACACACGUCUCGUCAAGCAGAUAAAGCCAGACAUGGAGGUCUAUGAAAGAAAGAAGGAAGAGCUGGGCGAGGCAUUGUAUCCAACAAGAGAUACAAUAAUUCAUGGUCUGCACAAGGAUUCAAAGGAAGAUGUUGAUCGCAUGGUUCAAGAUCUCGAGAAGCAGAUUGACAAGCGUAACAAGUACAGUCGCCGUAGGCGCUUCAAUGACGAUGAAGAUAUCGACUACAUCAACGAGCGCAACAUGAAGUUCAACAAGAAGCUGGAGCGUUUCUAUGGUCAAUACACGGCCGAAAUCAAGCAGAACUUGGAGAGAGGAACAGCAGUGUAAUUCAUGAAGUUGCUUCAUGGCCAUUUGCACUAGACUGACUCAUGCACUUGGAAACCACUUUUAAACCCAUUAAUAAAAGCGAUUGUAUAAACA